AUGUCUGCACCACCUCUAAAGGGUGUUCGAGUGAUUGAGCUAGCGGGUCUCGCGCCAGGGCCCUUCGCCGGUCUACUACUCGCCGACUAUGGUGCCUCAAUUCUUCGCAUCGACCGACCCAAAUCAGUCAGCGGCGACCAGCUCACCCGCCACAAAUCAUCUAUUGCCCUCGACCUCCAAGACCCCAAAUCCCGCGAUGUCCUCCUCAGCCUCCUCACGGCCGCCGACGUGCUAAUCGACCCCUUCCGCCCCGGCGUUCUCGAACGACUAGACCUCUCCCCAACCGAAGUCCUCCUAAAACACAACCCACGUCUCAUCGUCGCACGCAUGACCGGAUUUCGACGCGACGGCAAAUACAAGGACAUGGCCGGCCACGACAUAAACUACAUUGCCGUCUCAGGCGUCCUAUCAAUGCUAGGCCGCAGCGGAGACAAACCCUUCGCACCAGGCAACAUCCUCGGCGACUUUGCCGGCGGCGGCGCAAUGUGUUUCCUGGGCAUCCUGCUCGCCCUGAUAGCCCGCACAACCACCGGCCGCGGCCAAGUCGUCGAAGCAAACAUGGUAGAUGGCUCAGCGUACCUCGCGACCUUCCCGCGCCUUGCGCGCCAAACACCCGCGUGGGACGGCCCGCGUGGAGAAAACCUGCUGGACGGCGGCUGUCCGUACUACGAUACGUACGAGACGAAGGAUGCCGGCAAGUAUUUUGCUGUUGGGGCGCUGGAGCCGCAGUUUUAUAAGGCGUUGCUACGUGGGUUGGGGCUUGAUGCGAGUACGGUCCCUGCGCGCGAAGACCGCGCCAAUUGGCCCGCUCUACGGGCGUUAUUUACCAGCCGGUUUAGGGAGAAGACGAGGAAAGAAUGGGAGGGUGUUUUUGAUGGCACGGAUGCUUGUGCGACGCCUGUUUUGGAGCAGGGGGAGCUGGAGGAGGCGGGGUAUGAGCAGCGGGCUGCUGUGCAUUUGACGCGGACGCCGGCGUAUCCGUUUACGGCUGAUCAGGGCGGUUGGGGUGGUGGGGGGCUUGUGUCUGGGGAUGGUGGGGAGGAGACUCUUCGGGCAUGGAUGGGAUGGGAGCCGAACAGGGAUUUCCUGGUUCGGAAGGAUGGCGCGAUUGUUUCUGUGGAGGGCAAGGCUAAGUUGUGA